CUUUGGGGUGAGAGCAUCUCAGAUGUCCAGGUAACCGCGGCUCUGGGCUCUAGGCAGCCUCUGUCUGUAGCAGCUGGGCCGGCGGGCCCGGUGCCCCCCGUCCCCCCUCCCAAACCCAAUGCCUCUGCUUUAAUAACAAGGGCCGACUCCCCUCUGAAGUCCUCCCCUUCCCUUUCCCCUUCCCUGUCCCGUCUAACUCUGGCAUCAUGAACGACCAGUACCACAGGGCCGCCCGGGAUGGCUACUUGGACCUUCUCAAAGAAGCCACCCGGAAGGAACUUAAUGCUCCAGAUGAAGAUGGCAUGACCCCUACCCUCUGGGCCGCCUAUCACGGUAACCUGGAGUCGCUGCGUCUCAUUGUCAGCCGAGGAGGUGAUCCGGACAAAUGUGACAUCUGGGGCAACACCCCUCUGCACCUGGCGGGCUCUAACGGGCACCUGCACUGCUUGUCCUUCCUGGUGUCCUUUGGGGCCAAUAUCUGGUGCCUGGACAAUGACUACCACACGCCCUUGGACAUGGCAGCCAUGAAGGGACACAUGGAGUGCGUCCGCUACCUGGACUCCAUCGCUGCCAAGCAGAGCAGCCUGAACCCCAAGCUUGUGGGCAAGCUGAAAGAGAAAGCUUUCCGCGAAGCCGAAAGGCGCAUCAAAGACUGCGCCAAAUUGCAGCGCAAGCACCACGCGCGCAUGGAGCGGCGGUACCGGAGAGAGCUGGCGGAGCGGGCGGACACUAUGAGCUUCUCCAGCCUCUCUUCCAGCACCCUGAGCCGGCGUCUCCAGAAUUUGUCCCUGGCCAGCCACCUCCCCUAUUCCCAGGCCACCCUCCACGGGACCGGCCGAGGGAAGACCAAAAUCCAGAGGAAGCUGGAGCGCCGUAAGCACGGCGAGGGAACUUUCAAGAUCUCCGAGGACGGGAGGAAAAGCAUCCGCUCUCUGUCCGGGCUGCAGCUGGGCAGUGACGUGAUGUUUGUCCGACAGGGGACCUACGCCAACCCUAAGGAGUGGGGCCGCUCUCCGCUCCGGGACAUGUUCCUUUCGGAUGAGGACAGCCUCUCCCGCGCCACCCUGGAGCCCGGCCUCGGGGCCGAGUCCGCCCACUCGGAGGUCAGCACCGACUCGGGCCAUGACUCUCUUUUCACCCGCCCCGGGCUGGGGACCAUGGUGUUUCGGAGGAACUAUGUAAGCAGCGGGCUUCAGGGGCUGGGGCGGGAAGACGGAGGGAUGGACGGGGCAGGCACUCUGCGCGUCCGGAUGAGGCACUCUCCCAGCCUAGAUGAUGAUAGCAUUGGCAGUGCCAACAGCUUGCAGGAGCGCCUUGAUGAACUACCGUGGGAUGAGUUUGACCUGGGCUUGGACGAGGCUCUGGAGCCCGAGACCAGCCCUCUGGAGACUUUCCUUGCCUCCCUGCAUAUGGAUGACUUUGUGGCCCUCUUGAGGCAGGAGAAGAUUGAUCUGGAUGCCCUAAUGCUCUGCUCUGAACUAGACCUCCAUAGCAUCAGCAUCCCCCUAGGUCCCAGAAAAAAAAUCUUGGGGGCCAUCAAACGACGACGCCAGGUGCUGGAGAGGCCUCCUGCCCUGGAGGACACAGAGUUAUAAUGGAAGGGGCUUUUGCCCCAAACCAAUGAAUUGCAAAUUGCCACAAAUCUCGGUGGGACCACCGGAAGCCUCACCAGCCACAACCCAAUGGCCCUUGUUUCCUUCCUGUUCUGAAGCUCCAAAAGCCUGGGUCCUGCUGAGAGGAUGGACUGCUUGCUUUAUCUGUUCUUUCAGGAUUGUUCUAGGUCUGGGAAUAGAGGAUGUUCCUUUCUCUCCCUCUCUAUCUCAUCUUACUGUUCCCCAUCUUGCAGUAACCCUGAUAGGGAGGCAGAAAGUGAUGCAAGUCUCACCAACCUAUGUUUUGGGGUUUCUGUGAUUCUAGGGGACCUGAGUAUUUGGGUAGGAGAGCACAGCUUCUCUUUGUUGGGACACAGGCAAAACCAGAUCUCCCUUAACUUUCUAGUGAGGAGUCAGAGCAUAUAGGAAGUGACCCAGGUAGAAAAUGUCCUGAUCCAAACCAUUCCAUACAUACUCUCAUUAUGAAUAGUUUUAAAGUUGUAGCCAUGUUAAAUCAGAGAUUGCCUGCCCCACCCCUGACCUUGGCAAAAGACCCUUCAAAGAGUAUUUAUAUGCAUUAAACCCCAGCUACAGAGUAAGGGGAAGCCAUAUUUCCAGGGUUCUAAAGUGCUCCAACUCAGCAAAGGGAAAGGGUGCCCCAGAAUGCUGGCCACCUCUUUCCUCCUAGAAGAGGGUCUUCAGACUGAGUCUCUCCCUCCAGAGAACCACUACCCAGAGGGGAGACAGCCAUUCAUGAGACAGACUCCUCAGCCAAAAUACAUUUCUGCUUUGCAAUGCUGACCACUGAGAGCGUGUACAGUGCCUUUUUCCUUAACAUUUGUCUUCAGCCCCUCACCCAUGUCCCUUUGCUAGCUGGGGAAAUAAGGAGUGCCAGACUAGGAAUAUGGGUUCACUUUUCAGCUCAGCCAUGUGCUUCUGGCCCCCUCUCCCCCAAAACUUCCAUUCCCCCUUCUUCCUCCCAAUUACACAGACAGGAGAAUAACAGUCCUUGGCCAUCCUGCAGAGAAAUUUCAAAGAGACAAGGUGACACUAGGUACUAGAGAAACAGGCUUCCGAGCUAUCAGGUUGGGUAUGAGUGCCCCCUGAAGUAAAGAUUGGCACAAGCCAAGAGCUUCAGAGACAGCCCCUCAAAACAGAGUCAUCAUGAGACAGAUGCUGAGUGCUGCUCCCAGAGGAGAGCUUCUGACUUAGUGCCAGUACAGACAGGUGCUAACAUAAUUGGCUCUCAGUUAUCCGCUCUGUGGGAGCAGGGGUAUCUGAAACAUUUGACAAACUCCAAAGCUAUGGUGAGGGAUUUUUUUUGGGGGCGGUGAGUGGGAAAUCAUCCUCCUUUGGAAGGAAAAGGUGAGCAGUAAUGUAAUUAGACUUUGCUACCCUGUUUGGCUCAGUGUUACAGCAUACCUGAUUUGUUGUUCCUGAGCAUCUGCUGGGCAUGAGAUGGUGGGUGGGGAGCAUAUCUGGGAGAAUCAUGGGUGGGAGCAGGAUUAGGAAUCCCCCAUGGAUAUUCCACAAAGUAGAUAAGUGAGAGUUGAUUAACUUUUUACAGAAGAUGCUGAUGGUGAUGAUGAUAUUCAGAAAGAUAGCAAGAUAGACGGGACAUAGACACAGGAUACACGCUCAGACAGCCCUCCUAUCUACCUUCUUCCAUCCUCUGCCCUUCAGCUUGAGAAGCCCGCUAGCUUCUUCUGUCACAACUCCUAAUCCUUCAGCUUCUAAUCUAGCCAUGAUCUGGGAAGAAGCCUAUGGGUAGGGGGAGUCUCACCACCCUACAGUGAUGAGGGCCUUUUAUUUCCUAAUUCUCUUCAGGAUCAGGGUUUCCAACAUUUCCUCAUAUGCCAUCCCAAGUCUGAUCCUGAUCAUUUUUUGGCAGUUCCUCAGACCUGGGGCAACUUUUAAGUGCCGAUAUUUCCCCAUUCAGCUCCAGGUUAUCUUUUACCUCUUUAUCCCAUUCCUGGACCUCACCCCCUCUUUCUUUAAUCUAUCCCAUGACUACACAUACCCCUUCCCCACUUCUGUAUAAAUUGGGUGGGGGAGAGGGCCAGGGGUUCUUCCUGCUGUAGAUUUGUUACUCAUUCUGAUUAUAAUUAUUUUGUACAGAACUCUA